AUGAAUGAACCACGCACGGAAGCAACUAACCCGGAACACCGGGCGCAACUCGAGCAUACGAGACUCGUGCCGACAGGCCUCGAUAGUACUCGUGACGCAUACCAAGGGCAAAUGGAGGAAAGGAAGGGAAAAUCUCGUGCUGGAGAGCUGCACAACGCGCCUACUUUGCUACUAUCACUCCCUGACGAGCUCAUCCUGGAUAUCGCCUUCUACGUGAGAGACGCGACUUUUGGGAGCGCCGCACAGCCACAGCACUAUCCCUGGGAUGUAUCUAUGACUGUAUGUCGCCGCCUUCGAAACAUCAUUACCAGUUCCUUGUCCCUUCAUACCCGCCUGUCAAACGUCGCACAUUCGACGGAUUAUCUCGAACGGUCACUCGCACGCUCCAACCCUCUUCCUAUGGACUUAUUCAUCUUGGAUCCAUCUCAAUACGAAGGGGACGGGAUGCACCGAUGGAUGAACAUUCUCCAGUCCCAUGGUCGCCGCAUCAGGGUGCUUUCAUGUCGGAUCGUCAACCGCGAUGGCAACGGAAUUGCAAGCUGGCUGCCCCAUUUGUCUCACCUGAGGUCCUUCUCCUUUCACUACGACGUGGAUAAAGCCACGCGACGUGUUACCCGCCUUGCGCGGACGAUGGAGUUGUCGGCCUUACUCGUCGCACUCACGGCUGGUGGCGUGCCUAAGGUGGACCACCUGGCCUCACUAGCCAUGGACGGGCUGCUUCCACCUUGCGGCAUUGAGACUCACACGACGUAUCAGAAGAUCAUGGUCUUAUCGUUGAGCAACAUCUACUUCGACAUCAACGACUUGGAGAGCUUUAAGGCCAUUUCGCUCGCUGCGAGUGGCCUCGAGAAGCUUGCCAUACGCCGUGUUAAUCUGAAGAUAUUUGCGAACGAGUCCUCCCUACCGGUGCUCGAUGCCUCGUCGUUUCGUCUUCCAACGACACUUCGAGUACUCGAGUACUCAGGAUCCAAACGAGCAGAGUUCUUCCUGCUGCAACGAAUCAUCCCACUUGAUUCUGCACGCCUCGUCCUCACCUGGCACGAUCCGACGAAGAAGUCCGCGCUUUGCAUCCGCACUGUAUUGUGGCAUUGGAUGGGCCCAGAGCAUUUGGCGAAGGAAGCCGCCCUGCGCGUGACCAACAAGGUGGCGGGUGACCGUCUCCAAUAUGCGACACGGCUCCGGCUAUGGAGCACCUGUAAGAAGAAAGAUGCAGAUCGACUACCGGAUAUAGAGUACAACGGCCGCAUUCACAAGACCGAUCCAUUCGAGGACAUGAUGGCUGGACCGUCCUAUGAAAGCCUCCGCCGGCUGAGUCUUUGCGUCGACGAGACGUCGUACUCCCUCCUUCAAAACUGGAAGUACGGGCUCGACUCGUGGACUCCAAGUCUGCGCCAUCUAAGCAUCCUUCUUCACCCGGUGUCGGAACCCCGCCUCUCGAACGAAGUGUUCUACUUCUGCGAGUGGCUCCGUCAUCGCCGUGCAGUGACCAGACGAGCGCUGCACGCGCUGACUAUCUCAAGGGAGAUGGUCAAUGCACUUGACCGGUUAGCGCCAUCUAGACUACAGGAUUUCGGUUCACUCCGAACGGGCGAGCAAUCAGCUCCCGAGGACGUACCCUCGUGGAGAGACGCUGUCUCUAAAAUCCACAUCGUUUCCAUCAGAUAG